GGGAAGGAACGAAUGAGUAGACAUGUGCGAACAAAAAGGGGGAAUGAAAGGAUAGGAAACAGGCAGUAAGGAAAAAAGAGAGGAAAGACCCUAGGGUGAAAGAAGAAAGGGAGCGAACUAAUUCAUUUUCACGUCGUCGCUUCUGUCCCGUGCAGGCUCGCCGUUCUGCGCGAAGGUCGUCAGAAAACUCGCUCACCCUGCCGUUAACCCUCAAACCGUCAAUACGCACGCCACAUUCUUCAACACGCUGAGGUUUAACGCCACCGGCGGCCCGUCCCGCGCCUUACAGGCAGAGCUGCCCCGAGCACACGACAGAGAAGCACCCAGCGGGGCAUCACAGGCACCGAGCGCGCUCGACAGGCACCUGAGGGGAGGUGAAAAACGCGCCUGCGGUACAUACCGGUCGAGGACCAUGGACAGCGCCGGCAACUGCUCGGAAGCGGAUCAACGGAGCCAGCUGUGCUCGUUUUACAACAGCAGCAGCUUGUGUGGGAACUUCACCGACAACACAAGCUUCGCGGAGGGGAGUAGAGGGAACAACAUGGAAAUCGACGCCAAUCCGGUUAUCAUAGCGAUUGCCAUCACCGCUCUUUACUCCAUAGUGUGCGUCGUGGGGCUGGUUGGAAACGUGCUGGUCAUGUAUAUCAUUGUCAGAUACACCAAAAUGAAGACAGCCACCAACAUCUACAUUUUCAACCUUGCUCUGGCUGACGCCUUGGUGACGAGCACGCUACCGUUCCAGAGUGUUAACUACCUAAUGGGGACCUGGCCUUUUGGGGACGUCUUGUGCAAGAUGGUGAUGUCCAUCGACUACUACAACAUGUUCACCUCCAUCUUCACACUCACCACCAUGAGCAUCGACCGCUACGUCGCUGUGUGCCACCCCGUCAAAGCACUGGACUUCAGGACGCCACGCAAUGCCAAGAUUGUCAAUGUCUGCAACUGGAUUCUUUCCUCUGCAAUUGGGUUGCCUGUCAUGUUCAUGGCCUCCACUACUGUCACUUUAAACACAGUGGACUGCAAGCUGAAUUUCCCCCACCCUGCCUGGUACUGGGACACCCUGCUCAAGAUCUGUGUGUUCAUCUUUGCCUUCAUCAUGCCCGUCCUCAUCAUCACUGUCUGCUAUGGCCUCAUGAUCCUGCGGCUGAAGAGCGUGCGAAUGCUGUCGGGCUCCCAGGAGAAGGACAGGAAUCUGCGUCGAAUCACCCGGAUGGUCCUUGUAGUGGUUGCCGUCUUCAUUGUCUGCUGGACUCCUAUCCAUAUCUUUGUCAUCAUCUCAGCUCUGAUCACCAUCCCCAACUCCACUUUCCAGACUAUCACCUGGCAUUUCUGCAUCGCUCUCGGCUACACCAACAGUAGUCUAAACCCCAUCCUUUAUGGCUACCUGGAUGAGAACUUCAAGCGUUGUUUCCGUGAGUUCUGCACCCCAAGUCCUUCGGUGUUGGAGAUACAGAAUUCAUCCAGGACUGGAGCCAGUAGCCGCAAGAUCCCACAGCGCGAACACAUCAGCGCAAACACAGGAGAAAGGUCCAAUCAACAGGUAUGACUAGCCUUGGAGGGGUCGUCAGUGGACUCUCGCUGUUGUGGCAGUGUUCCCAAUGACGAUCUCAACUCAGAAGUCACCCAGGUCACCACGGGGCUCUGAUUAUCCACGUACACAUAAGCCACAUUCACACAACCAUUCAGGACACGGCUAAGACACAACAGCACAGAACAUUUUAGCCAGAAUGCUUAACUGCAUCACAUCAGGCCACUACUCUGCCAGCUAGUGUACCUAACUACAUGGCUGUGCAAGCUUUUUUACACAUUGGUUACAUCGAUUGGGUAGCAUAUGCGGACUGUUUGUGAAGUGGAUUUGUGGCAUGUUUCUUUUACUGGAUGCACAUGCUUCAAAUGUAGGUCUGUGUGAGUCUAAGCCAAAACAAUCCCUAAAUUCUAUCUGUUAACAGCUCCACACCUACAUGGCCAGAAAUGAUAGACCUCAGGAUCUAUGAUGUGGAGACACAUGGGAGAAUUUAAAUGGGAGAAUAAGGCGUCUUUAGCCUAUCACUGUGCCAAAAGGAGAUUUGUAAAAUAUUCAACUAAGACGCAACAAAAUUGGUCAAAGGAGAUAACAAUGCUAUAAUGCUGAAUCCCUUUUUUACAGCCCAGGUGGCCUCGAGGUAGCUGGAAAUCUAAAAUGGAAGCAGGUUUUGUUUUAAUGUGGGCUGUUGACAGUACAGGAGCCUUCACUGUGUUAUUUUAAAACAAAACAAAACAAAAAAACCCACCACAUCUGAUUAAAAGGAAUGCACAUACCUCUCAUACAAAUGUAUAAAGAAGAACUGUCCUGUUUUUAACAUUUGCAGGGGGGACCUCCACCAUGUAGUCAUACUCAACUCAUACAAGUUAUACUCAAAGAAAACCAGUCAUUACCAUAUCAGGGUGUCUGAAUUGAAGUUUUUGCACUAAGUUGAGCGGUAUUUGUGUUACAUUAGUAUUGUGUGGACUACACAGAUUCAAUAUGUGCAUUAAACAUAAAAAUAUACUGACAGAACUAUAAAAGCCACUUUCACAAGCCACCGAUUGGUAUAUGUGUCUUGUUUUCUUCUUUCUGCUUUGUACAGAGCUGCCCCAUUUAUCAAAGUCUCUCGUAUUAACUAAUUCAUUAUAGUGUAAAAAAUACAUCAGUUAAUUGUAUUUGUCAAGCUCAUAUGGCUUCACACCAGUCUGCCACUUUUUUUCCAGAUGUCUAAAAAGAACAGAUCAUCGUGUUGCUGCGCGGCACAGGAUCUGCUUAUUGUUGGUUCUUUUCCUGUGUAACUGCAUGAAGACAUGACCAUAGAGAAAAUGUCUUUCAUAGCUAAUUACAGCGCCUGACACUGCUUCUAUAUCAGAUCAGCACCUUUUCACUUUUACACCUGGUUAGCAGAAUUUUCCGUUGAGUGAUCUACGUAGUGCCGUUCAAACUUUGGCCACUUCAAGAAGAUGAGUUGUGAGUUGCACUGCACUCGGUAACGAUUUCACCAUGAAGCACAGAUGUAGUACAGCAGCGGUCCCCAACCCCCGGGCCUCGGACCAGUACCGGUCCAUGAGUCGUUUGGUACCGGGCCGCGAGAGUUGAGGCUCAGGUGUGAAAUGUAUGGUUUUCAGGGUUUU